AUGCAGUCUCGUCUGAGCGAGAAACUCAUAGAGCCACCAUCGGCCACAAGCUCGCCUUUCAUUGGUCGACAAAACAAAGGGGCCGUCGGUGAUUGGCAGACCUCUCCGCCAAUAGCAAACAAGGGCCACCCACAUACUAGAACCUCGUCAACCAAUAGCAGCACAUCUUCGUGGACCGAAGAACCAGUUAACCCAAAUAUGGAUAUUUCAACCGGACAUUUGAUACUGGCAUACAUGGAAGACCACUUGAGAAAUAAAGACAGACUACAGAAAGAGUGGAACGAGGUGUGUUCCAACGAUGGGGAGCCGAGUUCGAUCGUUGCUGCAAUCGAACCAAUGAACAUGAGAAAGAACAGGUGCACUGACACCUUGCCGUACGAGCACUCGAGAGUGAAACUGAACAUGAUGACCAACGUAUCCGGGCACGAUUACAUCAACGCUAACUUCAUCAUUGAUCAUGACCCUCGAAGCCCCUCCUACAUUGUGACCCAAGGACCCCUGCCAAACACUGUUGCCGAUUUCUGGCAGAUGAUUUGGGAACAAAACAGUGUGGUCGUCGUAAACUUGACCCGUUUGUGGGAACAUUCAACAGCCAUCUGUCACCGCUACUGGCCAGAAGAGGGCACCGAACUUUACCAUGUCUACGAGGUCCAACUGAUAUCGGAGCAUGCAUUGUGUGAAGAUUUCGUUAUAAGAAGUAUGUUUCUGAAGAACCUGCAAACCAAUGAGACGAAGACUAUCACGCAAUUCCAUUUUCUGAACUGGCCCGACCAGGGUGUGCCCAACUCACCAAAGAUUUUACUAGACUUUAGAAGAAAAGUGAACAAGUCCUACAGAGGUAGACAAUCUCCCAUAACUGUUCAUUGCAGUGAUGGCGCCGGAAGAACUGGAACGUACUGCUUGAUUGACAUGACGCUGAAUCGUCUGAGUAAAGGAGCCAAAGAGAUUGACAUAGCCGCAGCGUUAGAGCACCUAAGAGAUCAGAGAGUUAACAUGGUGAGAACGAAGGAGCAGUUCGAGUUUGCCCUUUCAGCAGUGGCUGACGAAGUCCAUUCCAUGCUUAACACUAAUCAACAGUGA